AUGGAGGACCUACCACUCCUACCCGAGGAGACUUCAUAUUUAGCCAACAUUCUCACCAUAUUGGGUGGCGGCUUACUCGUCAUUGUAUCCGUGGUCGGAAACGGUCUCGUAAUUUUCGUCUUCGCGAUAGACUCGAAUUUUCGAACACUGUCCAACUUUUACUUGGCUUCUUUGGCCUGCACGGAUUUCCUGAUCGGUCUUUUGGUCAUCCCGUUUGGAUUAAUUUACCAGUACAAUCAAACCUGGAUUUAUGGGGUCAACUACUGUCAAGUAUGGCUCACGCUCAGCUACGGUCUAAGUUGCGUCAGUUCAUCGCAUCUCGUAUUCGUGGCGAUUGACAGAUAUCGAAUAAUGUUUCAUGGAACGAACUAUCUCCAACAAAGGAAAUUAAGCAACAUGUUGGAAUCUGUCGGUUUCGUUUGGGUCAUUGGAUUUUGGACGGCCAGCCCCAUAAUUGCGGAUUGGAGUCAUGUCGCUGUGGACCCUGAAGUAAUUAAUCAUUGUAUGCCGAAGAAAACUCCAAGCUGGGUUUUGUUGAUUAACAUGAUGGUAUUCGUCAUUCCUGCUUUUCUCAUGAUGAGAUUGUACACCGUUGUGUAUCUACAACUUCGGAAAAGAUUGAGGAAGAAAGCUACCCAAAGUCCAGUCACCUCCAACCCAUUGGCUCCAUCCACGUCCAAUUCCAAUGCUCGAAAUGAGGGAGUCGAAACGAAGCUUAUCCUACCGAAAUUGACUGUUGGCGCAACUAAGAAUACUUCUCGAAAUAUCAGAAAUAUCGGAGAAGAGGUGAGGAAAAGGAAAAUGCAAAUUUGUUUACAGAAGGAAAAAAAGGCUGCGUUGACUUUAGGGUUGUUGAUAGGAUUGUUUUUAAUCUGUUGGUCUCCAUACUUAAUCCUCACGACUAUUCAAGCAUUUUCACCAGAUACCAAAAUACCAAAGAUUUUUAACACCACGAGCGCAUUGUUUGGAUGGAUUAAUUCUUGUGGGAAUUGUUUUGUGUAUGUUUAUGUCAAUAAAGAUUUUAGGAAGUCUUUGAGUAAAAUGUUUAAAUGUUUGUGGAAGUAA